AUGACAAACAACAGUUUCCAAGUCGGCUUCAUCCUUCUCGGCUUCACUGAAUGGCCCCAUCUAGAAAUGGUUCUUUUCUGGACAGUGAUCAUCGUGUACACCAUGAUCAUCCUCUCCAACUCAACCAUUAUCUUGCUCUCUCGUGUGGACCCUCGUCUCUACACUCCCAUGUACUUCUUUCUUAGCAAUCUUUCCUUCUUGGAUCUCUGCUUCACUGCAACUGCUGUGCCUCAGAUGUUGUCCAACUUAUGGGGGCCAGACAAGAGCAUCACUUACACAGGCUGUGUCAUUCAACUCUCUGUGUUGCUCUGUCUUGGUGCAACAGAAGGUGGCGUGUGGGUGGUGAUGGCCUUUGACUGGUAUGUUGCUAUUUGCCAGCCCCUGUGCUAUACCAUCAUCAUGCAUCAUCGGUUCUGUUGGAAACUGGUGAUAAUCGGCUGGAUGUCUGGCCUGAUGGAAUCUGUAAUCCAAUCUCCCAUCACAUUCCAGCUUCCUGUUUGCACUCAUCACCACCUGGAUAAUUUUCUUUGUGAAGGGCCUGCCUUCCUACGCCUGGCAUGUGGAGAAACCUCUGCCAUUGAGUGGCAAAUUACCAUCUCUGCUUACCUUUUCACCAUCAUGCCAGUGGGAAUGAUCCUGACUUCUUAUAGCUACAUAGCUCGAGCCUUGGGGAAACUCCAGUCAGAGGAGGGAAGGAAAAAAGCCAUUGCCACCUGUUCUUCCCACCUUACUGUGGUCUUCAUGUUUUAUGGGACAGUGGCCAUAGUUUACGCAGACCCUAAGAGCCAUUUUGCUUUGAAUUAUGGCAAGGCCUUAACCUUCUUCUACACUUUGGUCACACGAUUAUUGAACCCUGUCAUCCUACACCCUAAGGAACAAAGAAGUGAAGGAUGCUCUGCAAAGACUGCUGAAGAAAGGGAUGCACAAAUGAAAAACGACCUAUUGAACAACAACAACAACAAAAGGAUGUCAAAAUCAUGA